GUGACCGGCGCCGCCAUGAGGGUUUUGCAGCAGCGGGACGAAUGACGGCGAGUUAGAGGAAGUUAGUGGCAGCAGCUGCGCUAGUAUGUAACCUCACACGAGUUGGCAACAGCAGCGCAGUAAGACAGAGGAAGCCAGCAGCAUUCAUGGAUAUUGUGGACACCUUUAACCAUUUAAUACCCAGUGAUCAGUUGGAUGACUCCCUGGUAAUAGGCCAGAACUUGGAAUGUGAAGCCAGGAAUGAGUUUGGGACAGGACUCAAACUGGAAGAGUCACUGAAGAACAUGCUUAGUGAUAAAGAUCCCAUGUUUGGAUGUGCAACUUCUCAGUUGAGUGAAGAUCCUGAAAAUGAAGACCCUGCUUUUCAGAUCGCUGGCUCGGCAAAUGCUGAUAGCAGCUCCACAUCUGCUGGUGUCACAAGUGGAGUAAAAGUAGCAGAAACCACACAAGUUAAGCAGCUUGUUGACGAGCAGAAGAAACGUCCAGGCAGUUUAGACUACGAAUUUACCAGUGGGCAGCAGCGUAACAUGUCCACUAACACCUUAAUUCGAGGACGACCAGGAAGGAAACCAGCUAACAGGCUAAGCAAGUCGUUUGUUAUUGAGAAAGGAGUUAAGGGCGUGCAGCUGAAGGAAGAACUGACUCUGGGAGGCCGCAUUAACAUCAAUGAUCUUGAUGGUGGCUUAUGGCUGAAACCUACAGUUGUAUUGAGACGGCUGACGGUCACAAUUGGAGGAUUUAAGAUCGAGUUGCUUCCAGGGCCCUCCUACAUGGAUACUGAUGAAACAAACCAGUCGGCAUGCUACGGCGAUAGUUUCUCUUACGAUCCUGAAAUUGGUGUAGGCAUCAUGUCUGAUGCUGUUGUUAAUGUACAGAAUGCCAGACCUGAGAAUGUGGCAGACAUGGAUGUGGCUGAGAAGAGCUCUGCAGAUGAUACUUCUCUUGGCCUGGGUCCAUAUGUGAAUCCUAACGACGUGCAGACCUCCAAUGGGACAUUGUUAGAAAACACUUGCACGAAAGAGACAAAACAUGACGAUCAGAGUUCUUCCGAAAAGCUUAAACAUGUCAGUGAAGAAGUACACAGUGUCGUCCAGCCACGCAGCAGUGAGAAUAACACAGCUGCUGUUGGUGAUAAAAUUGAUGGCAAAGAGAAGCACACUGAAGUCAAAAGCCCGAUCAAGUCUAAGCCAGGACUGACAUCAAUCAAGAGCAAAGAUUUAGUGUCCUGUAAAAGAAGCAACAUGAUUAAAGAGCAAAAUGCAUCCCAAAGCAAGCCAUCCAAAAUUAUCCAAAGAGGAGACCUGCUCAAAAUGAAAUCUCCGAAAGAUAAAAAAGAUGCUUCCCCUUUGAAAAGGCCUGCAGAAACUCCUCAAAGUGAGAAUGCUACUAAAGUGCAAAAGAUACAUGCUGCAGGGGAUGUUAAAGUGACGCCCAAGUCACCGAGCACACUGAGCCCUGUGGCAAAGAAGGUCCCAUCGUCUGGAAACCGUGCUGAUCAUCAGGGGCCGGUGAAACAAAGUAAUCCUCAUCAAAGCUCCAAAGCUGAACCCGUUCAUCAGAGUCACUCUGGAAAUUCUUUGAAACCCCCUCAAGAGGGAGGGCAGGAGAAGUUCAAACUGAAAAAGCUAGAAAAGAUGCUUCAAAGACACAAAAGUAGAAAUUCAAGAAGCAUCUCUGUGGAAGAGCCUCAGCUCUUUAUUCCAGAUAACGCUCCUGCUGUGAAGAAGGAAACUGUUGAGGAGCAACCUGCAAACAGCGAGAGUGUUUGGGACGGGAACAACUGUUGUGGCCUGUGCAAAAAACACCACAAUAACAUGUUCAUGGUAGGCUGCGGUCGCUGCGACGACUGGUUCCACGGAGACUGUGUUGGUCUUGACCUCGCCAAAGUACAUGAAAUGGAGGAGGAAGACCAGAUGUACGUGUGUUUGAAAUGCUGUGAGGAGGAAAGCAAGAAGGUGGAGCCUGAGCCCCCAACUCCUGCCAAGCUGGAGAUACAAGAAAAGACGGAAGCAGAGGAUCAAAAGCUGCCUCCCAAGGCCCGUCCAGGAUCCUCCCAGACGCUGACGUCAGGCGGGGUUAGACCAUUUAGAGAUGAUCCAGAAAGCAGCCAGUCUACAGGUGCCAAAGAAGGAGCUCACAAAACAGGAGUUCUGUCCAGAUACGAGAUGAAAAGUAAGUCUUUGGCUUCAAAGAAACCCGUAUCUGUGGAUGCAAUCAGGAGGAGCGUGCGUGAUUCUCUGAGAGAGAUCCUCAGCCAGAGGUUGAAGGAUUCUGAUCUGGAUGUGAUGGUGGAGAGGGCCUCUGAAGUUGCCAAGAAGACGGAGAGAGAGUUGUUCCACCUGUUUAAAGACACAGACAACAAAUACAAAAACAAGUACAGAAGUCUGAUGUUCAACCUGAAAGAUACAAAAAAUAAUGUCCUCUUUAAAAGGGUUCUCAAAGGAGAAAUUUCUCCUGGUAACCUAAUUCGCAUGAGUCCUGAGGAGCUGGCCUCAAAAGAGUUGGCUGCUUGGCGACAACGAGAGAACAGACAUACAAUUGAGAUGAUUGAAAAAGAGCAACGGGAGGUGGAGAGGCGACCCAUCACUAAAAUCACACACAAAGGUGAAAUUGAAAUUGAGAGCCAGGAACCAGUUAAAGUACCAGAAACUGUAGAGAUCGAGCCUCCGCCGAAAGUGACUGAAGAGAUAGGAGAACCUCCCAAAACUCCGGAGAAGAAAGCAGAGGAUACCAAGAUGAAGGACACUACAAGCCUGCACAAGUCUCAUUUAUUUGAUCUACACUGCAAAAUCUGCACAGGUCGCAUGGCUCCUCCAGUGGAAGAGGCACCAACUAAAGUGGUCAAAGUUGCAACCACCGUCAUUCGGAGGCAGUCAACCAAAACAGAGGAGACAAAGAGCACAACAGCGCCUGCAGUGGACGAUGACCUCCACCUCACGGUUUUAGAGGAGAGUUUCCGAAACUCCCAGUCAGGCUUUGAGGCCAGGUCAGAUCAUUUAACUGGAAGAGAUGAAGAGAAUGCUUUCCUUUCCAACCUGAAGCCCCUUUGGCGAGGAUUCAUUCAUAUGCACUCUGUGGCAAAGUUUGUGACGAAAGCUUUUCCCGUUUCUGGCAUUUUGGACAAUUUGACAGAGGACCUUCCAGACAGCAUCCAGGUCGGUGGGAGGAUAAGUCCUCAGAUGGUGUGGGACUACUUAGAGAAGAUUCGGGCAACAGGGACAAAAGAGGUGUGCUUGGUUCGCUUCUCCCCCGAGUCGGAGGAAGAUGAGAUCUCUUACACUCUACUGUAUGCGUACUUCAGCAGCCGUAGGCGUUUUGGUGUAGUCUCCAAUAACCUGAAACAGGUGAAGGACAUGUAUCUCGUUCCCCUGGGGGCCACGGAAAAAGUCCCCCAUCAGCUCGCUCCCUUUGAUGGGCCAGGUUUAGAAAACAACCGUUCCAACCUUCUCCUUGGACUCAUUAUUCGCCAGAGGACGAAAAGGGAUUUUCUUCCAGUGGAUAUAAAUGAAACUGGGAGGUUUGUUCCUGAAAUCAAGCCCAUCUCCUUGUCCACGAAGGCUACCAGACAGACUGAAGAGGAGAAAGAGGAGAAACGUUUCCUGACUUCCUUGACUAGUACGCACAAAAAGGAGGCAGACAAACCCAUUGAUACUACUGAAAACGAGUUAGUCACGGAGUCACCCGAGGAACCAUCUGGAACAGAAGAGCCCAGCAAUCAGGACUCACAGAAGCCCCUUCGCUUUCUUCCAGGUGUGUUGUUGGGCUGGGGUGGAGAAUUGCCACCUCUGCCAGAUGUCGGAGAUAAACCUGGAACCACGGGACAUGAGGCUGAGAAGACUCAGCCUGCUCCCAAAAUGGAUGUGUCGGGGGGUAACUUGAAAAGUCCAACAUCUGCUGCUGCUCGUUUUAUCAUCAAGAGGAAAGACGCAAAGCCUGUUAAAGCUGCACCGGAACUAUCCAGCCCAGCUGAAGUGUCUGCUUCUCACAACUCGUCUGAAAAAGAUGCUGCACCAGUGGUCCAUCACGCGCCAGUCACACUGAGAGACAAACCUCCAGAUGUAUCGACUGAAGCGUUUUUGUCAAGUUUGUCUGUGGCUCCAAGUAGUGUUGGAACUGACAGUACUGCACCGACAAGCAAAAGCAGUGCUGAUCCUCUGUCUGAGAAUGAAAAAGGACCCACUGAAGGGACUUGUUUGUCCCAGUCAGAAUCCCACACUGCAUCAGAUCCCACAAAUGGCUCAAAACCUCUUUUAAGUGGAAUAUUGAAAAAAUCUUCAGUUUAUUCCACAGUGGAUGAAGAUAAAACAGUGCAGCUACAAAAUGAUAAAGCUAACCUCCCUGAUCCUUCAAGCCCUAAACCCAUGUUGAGCAGCGCUAGAAAGGAUCUAGUGUUACCGUUCCAUCAAGGAUACUUGCAGCUCUCUAAGGCCAGGCACAAACUUGAACCAAAACAAACUGAUAUCCCAUCGUUUCUCAGUAAGAAGAAUGAUCCUGGCGUGGGCCAGGUUGGUGCUGUAGUAACUCCUGAAGUGUACACACCUCAAGCAGCGUGUAACACGGAAGCAACUCCACCUUCACACGAGACUGUAACAACCCCAGCCGUCCCAGGACACGACAGCGCCGCACCGUUCUCCCUGCAGCAGCAGCCUCAGGUACCGAGUAGCGAUGAUUGCUCCACCGCCCAACCUCCUAACACCUUCUCCCCCCCGAACUCAGACCAUCAGAAUAGUAGCGUUCAAGGAUCUCAGGAUAGUACCACACAUGCUCUUCCUGAACCUCAGCCGCAGCAUCCCGAGAGCCAGUCAGAACAAUCAGAACAAUCCCCGGCUCCGGGCAAAGACUGCAGACGCCUGGACGAGCGGUACAUCGACCCGUGGGAAAGGCCGCGCAACUCGGAGGACAGAGAUCACCACGGGAGGCACGGCCACCACAGGGAUCACCACCACGGUAAAAAGAGCCGGCACCACGACAGGGAGAGGAAGCACGAGCACAGGGACAGGAGCCGGCACCACGGACACUCGGACGACUGGCACAGCGAGAGGAGGAAAGACCGGCACCACAGCGACGAAUACGGCAGCCGCCACAAGGACAGACACAGGCAUAGACGAGAUUCUGAUUACGAGAGCGACAGGCGAAGUUCAAAAGACAGUUAAUCUUGCUUUUUUAAUUAUUUUUUUUCAAAGCCCCACUGGAAAGUGUUUGGGGCUCAUACAGACGUUUAGCUUGGUACACGCCACUAACUAUACCGACUGCUGGUGGAGUUGUUUCAUAUAUCAGCUUAUUCUGUAUGCCAAAAUUCCAUGUUGCGGGAUUACCCUUUUAUCCAUCCGUUUUCUAGACUUGCUUCCCCGAGUUCAGGCCACGGGGGUGCUGGCAGAUGUUCCAGACGUCAGCAGAUGAGAAGCGUGGUGUAUCGGAGGGUCAAAUUUGAAAUGAUUUCAGUGGGAUUGUGUCAGCACAGCAAAGUUUUAUUCAGACCACCUUCUACUGUUUAACCUUUUUAUUGUACAAACUGUUCAUAUUGAGCUGCUUUACUAACUUAAAUGGCCAUUGUUCAACUGUGUGGACCAUUGGUGAAAGAUUGAAAUUGAGCUUCAAAUUUUGAAUGUAACAGAAAAUAUUUAACUAAGUAUUGAUUUUAAAUAGCAGCUUUGUCUUUUUUUUCCUUUUAAAUUGCUUAAAUAUUUUAUAAACUUGCUUUCUUUUGAGAAAGUAUGUACAUUUUGGUGUGUAAUAUACUUUAGAGAUGAAGUGUGCCUUUGCACUGUGUGUUUAUGUACAUUUCGUAAUAAAACUAAUCCUUUUUUAUUGUUGAUUACAAAGAAAUGUGUUCAUUUUUUUUGUAACAGCAGAUGAAAUUAAAGGA